AUGGCUACUGUCAAUGGGAGCUUUGUCUCCCCUAUCGCUGAUGCCACAAUCUUCCCCAAGGUCUUUGAGCCUUCGGGGCUGGUCGCUUCUGUGUUCCAGGGCGUCUCCGUCUGGAAGGCCUUAUUGACAAUGCUCCUUGGUGCUGUUGUUUAUGAUCAACUGCGAUACUUUUACCUCAAAGGCUCCAUUGUCGGUCCAGCUUUCAAGAUCCCGUUUAUGGGCCCGUUCCUUCAAUCGGUCAAUCCCAAGUUCCACGAAUACAAAGCCAAAUGGGAUAGCGGUGAGCUGAGUUGUGUUUCCGUCUUCCACAAAUUCGUCGUUAUCGCGUCCACUCGCGACACCUCCCGGAAAAUCUUCAAUUCGCCAGCCUUUGCCAAACCCUGUGUCGUCGAUGCGGCCCACAAGCUUCUCGGAAAGACCAACUGGGUGUUUUUGGACGGUAAAGACCAUGUUGAAUACCGCAAGGGUCUGAAUGGCUUGUUCACGCGCGCCGCGCUCAGCUGCUACCUCCCGCGCAUGGAGGAGGUCUACAACGAAUACUACGAGCGCUUCCUCGAAAAGUCCAAAGAGACCAACUUUGAGCCUACCGCUUGGAUGCCUGAGUUCCGUGAGCUCAUGUGUGCUGUUUCGUGCCGCACUUUUGUCGGCCACUACAUGACCGCUGAGGCUAUUCAGAAGAUUGCCGAUGAUUACUACCUGAUCACGGCUGCGCUGGAAUUGGUCAACUUCCCCUUCGUUCUCCCGUACACCAAGAUCUGGUAUGGAAAGAAGGCUUCGGAUAUGGUACUGGAGGAGUUUUCCAAGUGUGCCGCCAAGAGUAAGGCGCGCAUGGCUGCUGGCGGUGAAAUCUCCUGCAUCAUGGACGCCUGGAUCAAGUCGCAGCAAGAUUCCGCCAAUUACCGUGCGAAGGUUGCUGCAGGUGAGCCCGCUGAGAAGCCUGCGCAAAUUCUGCGUGACUUUAGCGACUACGAGAUCGCCCAGACUAUCUUCACUUUCCUCUUCGCCUCUCAGGAUGCCACUUCGGCCGCCUCCACCUGGUUGUUCCAGCUUAUGGCUGACCGCCCCGACGUUCUGGACAAGGUUCGCGAGGAGAACCUGCGCGUUCGCAACGGUGACCGCACGGUGCCCCUCUCGAUGGAUCUGUUGGACAACCUUCCCUACACCCGUGCCGUCGUCAAGGAAACUCUCCGCUACCGUCCUCCCGUCAUCAUGGUUCCCUACAUGGCCAAGCGCGACUUCCCCGUCACCGACAAGAUCACCGUGUCCAAGGGCUGCAUGGUUAUCCCUUCGAUCUGGCCCGCUCUUCACGACGAAGAGGCCUACCCCAACGCAGACUCUUUCGACCCUGACCGGUGGGUUACUGGCACUGCUGAGAAGCAGUCCAAGAACUGGCUGGUUUUCGGCACCGGAGCCCACUACUGCUUGGGUCAGAACUACGCUACUCUCAACCUCAUGGCUAUGAUUGGCAAGGCCAGUAUGGAGAUGGAUUGGGAGCACACCCCCACUCCUCUGUCCGAAGAAAUCAAGGUGUUUGCCACCAUCUUCCCUCAGGAUGACUGUCUCCUCACUUUCCGUCCUCGUUCCUAA